AUGAUGACCCUUGCAAGGUACUUCGUUUGUUUGGCUGUGGUGACACUCGCAGCUGGUGAGCUUUUCAGUGUUCCCGACAGUGGUCGUGAACCCGACGGCCACUCGACACGUGGUAAACAUGGAUCGUUCAAAUCGAGCUCCUCAGCCGCCAGCCGAUCACAACCGGCCCAGGUGCAAGGUUUUGAGGAGCGUGAACUUGAAACAGACUUCUGGCUGCAACAGGCUCAACAAACACUCGCCCAAAAGCUAGCGACCCCGGACAACACGAAUCAUGCGAAAAAUGUCAUCUUCUUCAUUGGGGACGGUAUGUCGGCGCAAACGGUUGCAGCAACCCGUAUGUAUCUUGGCAACGAGGCCAACAGUUUGUCGUUCGAGCACUUCAAGGACAUUGGUACGGUGCGAACGUACUGCGUGGACCGUCAGGUGUCCGACUCGUCCUGUACCGCCACGGCCUAUCUGUCCGGGGUGAAGAUCAACUACGGUAUGGUGAACGUUGCUGCCUCGGUGAAACGGUACACUUGCCAGUACGAUCGGAAUGCAUCCGAUUUUGAGGGUCUGCUCAAGUGGGCGCAGGAUGCGGGAAAGAGCACGGGUAUCAUUACAACGACGAAGAUCACACACGCCACACCGGCCGGGGCGUAUGCGAGCACAACCAACCGGUACUGGGAGAACGACGUGGAAGUGGCAGAUGCCGACUGUGAUCCGCAGCUGGUGGAUGACAUCGCCGAACAGUUGGUGGACAAGGAAAUGGCGAAACGGUUCAAUGUGGUGCUCGGUGGCGGUCGUGGUAAUCUGCUUCCGGUAGAAACGAUGGAUGAAGAGGGAAAGCCAGGGUAUCGGAAAGAUGGUAAGAAUCUGAUCGAACAGUGGAAACAAACGCACGAAACUAUGGGACGAUCGCGGUACGUUUGGAACCGGGAGCAGCUCCUGUCGGUGGACACCGCCAACACGGACUAUCUGCUCGGACUGUUCGAAAGCGGACACAUGAAGUACAAUCUGGAGCUGAAGGCUAGUAGUGAGGCGAGCCGAACGGAACCAACGCUAGAGGAGAUGACUCGGACUGCGAUCGAGCUGCUGCAGCGGAACAAGAAAGGAUACGUGCUGUUUGUGGAGGGUGGACUGAUCGAUGUGGCUCACCACGAAACGUGGGCUCGAUUGGCGCUGGACGAAACGGCUGAGAUGGCCAGGGCUAUCGAUACAGCGCGCCAAAUGACCAGCGAGCAGGAUACGCUGAUCGUUGUAAGUUCCGAUCAUGCACACACGAUGACGUACAACGGAUAUCCCAAACGCGGCAACGACAUCCUCGGGCUGGGUGACGUAAGCGAUGAAGACUUUUUGCCCUACACCACGCUCAGCUAUGCGAACGGGUUGUCGUACUACACAACCUACACCGAGAACAAUUUGGGCAUCCGGGAGGACGUUUCCAAGUACGACUACACCCGGAUGGAUCAACGUUACAUGGCGACGGUACCGUUGGAUGCGGAAACGCACGGUGGCGAUGACGUUGCUGUCUGGGUGUCUGGCCCAAUGUCACACCUGUUCCGCGGCGUGUACGAACAGAACACGAUCCCGUAUCUGAUCUCGUACGUCGCCCAAAUUGGUGAUUACUACGACGAUUCCAACUCCGGUACGAGCGAACUCGUUCUGCAACUGUCGGUCCUGCUCGGUUGUUUCAUCGCCGUGCUAAUGAGACGAUAA